AAACAACAAAUCUAGAUCUAGCUAUUGGCCACUAAACAGUUAAAUCCAAUGAGUCAAUACAAUCCAUCUAUGGGAUAGAAAUGUUCACAUGCAAUUGUGGAGUGGAAUUGGUGUGAACGUCCAUUUCAUUUGCCAUAGCUCUAAUGUUUUUUUUUUAAUAUAAUGCACACAUUUUAAUACUAUUAUUACUAAUACUAUUAUUUAUGUAAGCAUUAUUAUUUAUUAUUUUAUUAAUUGUUAUUAUGAAGUUAAUAUUUAUUGAUAUAACGUUAUUAUUCGGAAUUUUAAUAUUCAGUAGUGUAAUAUAGUAUACCAAUUAUAUUUUUACAAAAAAAACACCAAUUUAAUCCAUUGCUAUUAGGAAGAUGCCGCGGCCAAGAAAACGUCAGUUAUUCAACUUCAACCAAGAAUCUAGAGAAGGAAACAACAACGCUGAUCCAGCUAAAGUCCCUCGCCUUUCUUUGGUUUUACAUGAACGGGAUUCAACUUCAAUAAAUUGCCAGUCUUCAUUGAAUCACCAGCCUUCAACUACAAUAAAUUGCCAGUCUUCAUUGAAUCAUCAGCCUUCAACUUCAAUAAAUUGCCAGUCUCCAGUGAAUCACCAGCCCUCAUUUUCAAUAAAUUGCCAGUCUCCAGUGAAUCACCAGUCUUCAACUUCAAUAAAUUGCCAGUCUUCAGUGAAUCAUCAGUCUUCAACUUCAAUAAAUUGCCAGUCUCCAGUGAAUAACCAGUCUUCAACUUCAAUGAAUUGCCAGUCUCCAGUGAAUCAUCAGUCUUCAACUUUAAUAAAUUGCCAGUCUUCAUUAAAUCACCAGCCUUCAACUUCAAUGAAUUGCCAGUCUCCAGUGAAUCACCAGUCUUCAACUUUAAUAAAUUGCCAGUCUUCAUUAAAUCACCAGUCUUCAACUUCAAUAAAUUGCCAGUCUCCAGUGAAUCACCAGCCUUCAAAUACGACAAAUCUCAGAGAAGCUUCAACUAGAGCAAAUGCAGUUAUUAGAAAUAUCGUCAAACUAGAAAAUUCUGAGAAGCGUUUAAGGAAACUUGAGGAUCUGCGACUUCGAGCUUCACGACGACUUAAAGUGGAAACUUGCACACAGUAUUCUCAGAGACUUGAAGAUCUGCGGCAGAGAGCUUCACAUCGACUUCAAGCGGAAACUUGCACACAGUAUUCUCAGAGACUUGAGGAUCUGCGACAGAGAGCUUCACAGCGACUUCAAGCGGAAACUUGCACACAAUAUUCUCAGCGACUUGAGGAUUUGCGACAGAGAGCUUCACAGCGACUUCAAGCGGAAACAUGCGCACAAUAUUCUCAGCGUCUUGAGGAUCUGCGACAGACAGCUUCACAGCGACUUCAAGCAGAAACAUGCGCACAAUAUUCUCAGCGACUUGACGACAUGCGACAACGAACUUCAAGACGAUAUGUAAAUGAAACUCCCAUAGAAUAUUCUAAGCGACUUGACGACUUGCGACGAAGAGCUUCACAGCGACUGGAAACUGAGUCUCCAACAGAAUAUUCCAAACGACUUUAUGACAUGCAAAAUCGUGCUUUACAACGAACAAAUAAUGAAACGCCUACUCAACGAAAUGAGAGACUUGAAGAAAUGCGACAGCAAGCAGCCUUAAGAUUAUCUGAAGAAACUGACGAACAACGCAUCGAGAGACUUGAAGAAAUGAGACAGCAAGCAGCCAUAAGAUUAUCUGAAGAAACCCACGAACAACGCAUCGAGAGACUUGAAGAAAUGAGACAAGGGGCAGCCAUAAGAUUAUCUAAAGAAACCCACGAACAACGAAAUGAGAGACUUGAAGAAAUGAGACAAGGGGCAGCCAUAAGAUUAUCUAAAGAAACCCACGAACAACGAAAUGAGAGACUUGAAGAAAUGAGACAAGGGGCAGCCAUAAGAUUAUCUGAAGAAACCCACGAACAACGCAUCGAGAGACUUGAAGAAAUGAGACAAGGGGCAGCCAUAAGAUUAUCUAAAGAAACCCACGAACAACGAAAUGAGAGACUUGAAGAAAUGAGACAAGGGGCAGCCAUAAGAUUAUCUGAAGAAACCCACGAACAACGCAUCGAGAGACUUGAAGAAAUGAGACAAGGGAAACCCACGAACAACGCAUCGAGAGACUUGAAGAAAUGA